ACGGCAAGAAAAUAGGUGACGCUCCUAAUAGAAUUUGUUUACUUCUCUUGAGCUUCGCGACGUUUCUCAUCCGCCCCCAGCCUGGACCAAACUACGUCUCUCGGCUGAAAACUCUGCCUCCGUCACCAUCGCCCCCGAGCCCCAGGCCAUAGCUUUGUGCUUUUCUCGUCAUAAACUGGAGGCAGCGAGAGCUUCAUCACUCGACCUUAUCAUGUCCUCUCCUCUCAACCUACCGCUCGCGACUGCCAUCCUAUUCUCCCUGAUGCUCUUGCCCCCUGCUCUCUCUGGAGUGAGCGUCACUCACCUCCCAGGCUUCACCGGCCCCCUUCCCUUUCAACUGGAAACUGGGUAUGAGAGUAUGGGAAACGAGGAGUUCUUCUACUAUUUCGUUCAGUCGGAGAGAAACCCGAGAGAGGACCCGCUCAUUGUGUGGCUCACUGGAGGCCCUGAUGGUUGCUCUGCUUUGUGCGGUUUCCUCUUGGAAAUUGGUCCUCUAAGGUUUAUAAUUGCAGAGUAUAAUGGCAGCUUACCAUCUCUCAUAUAUAAUCCUUAUUCAUGGUCAAAGGUUGCCAACAUUAUCUUUCUUGAUGCUCCUAUUGGAUCCGGGUUCUCAUACUCAACAUGUGCUAGCGAUUAUGAGCUCAAUGACACAGUCUCGUCACUGCAAACCUGUAAUUUUCUUAUAAAGUGGUACGAGAGUCACCCAGAUUUCCUAUCCAAUCCUCUCUAUAUUGCGGGUGAUUCAUACGCUGGAAAACUUGUCCCAUUGGUUACUCAUGCAAUAGUGACAGGUGAACUAUCACCAUUAUUCUCUAAUCUCAAGGGUUAUAUAAUUGGCAACCCAAUAACAGAUAAAUUAUUUGACUCCAAGUCCCGGGUACCAUUUUCUCAUGGGAUGGCAAUUAUAUCAGAUGAACUCUACAAGGAGAUAAAGGAAAAUUGUGCAGAAGAAGAAGACUAUGAUCACCCUAAUCCUCAAAAUUUACUAUGUUACGGGGCACUUUCUGAGUUUAAAAAGUUUUGUUCAGAAAUUUACGAUAAAUACAUUUUGGAACCCAAGUGUCCUCCGCCUUUUAUGCAAAAAUCCAUAGUCACAACUAAGAGGUCACUAGGAGAGGAGCUAUAUAAAGAUAUCCUUCUACCAUCACAAGCUCCCGAUAUGAAGUGUAGAACUCAAUAUGCUCAAUACCUGUUGGAUUACUGGACAAACAAUAGCGCAACAAGAGAGGCUCUUCACAUAAAGAAGGGAAGUAUACAAGAAUGGGUGACAUGUAAUCGUAGCUUGCAUUACACAAUGAAUAUUCCUAGCACAUUGGUGUAUCAUCAUGAUCUAAUACAAAGAGGAUACAGAGCUCUAGUAUACAGUGGGGACCAUGAUUUGGUGGCUCCGUUCAGAGGGACACAUGCAUGGAUAAGGUCUCUCAACUUCUCCAUCGUCGAUGACUGGCGAUCAUGGCAUGUACAUGAUCAAGUUGCCGGAUAUACAAGAAAGUUUAAGGACGAUUUGACGUUUGCAACGGUAAAGAAUGCUGGGCAUACUGCAGCUACAUACCAGCCAGAGAAUUGUUUGGCUAUGUUUGAGAGAUGGAUAUCGCACGAGAGCCUAUGAUAUACAUAUGCCAUAUGGGUUACCUCCACAAGAGGACUUUAAUUUGUUUAUCUUCAAGUGCCUCUUGGAUCAAAAAGUAAAGUUGUGGAUUUAUUUUAGUUCACUGUUACAUUAUCAAUUUGUCGAAUUGUUUU